CGGAAAUCAAGCUCGCGCAGAUCUUCGUCCUUUUCUCAUUUUGGAGCACUCCAUGCCCCUCGCGGAGACCACCAUUGCCUCCGCCGCGUCAGGGCGCUCCCUGUGAUGUGCAAAUCUUCCCCGGCCAGUGACAUGCCACGGGGAAGGUGCCGGAGUUCGCCGUAAAGUGGCUGGAGGAGGAAUUCGAACAGGUGUGCUCUCGCUUCCACACAGGUGUGCUCUCGCUUCCACACGGGUGUGCUCUCGCUUCCACACAGGUGUGCUCUCGCUUCCACACGGGCAUGCCCUCGCUUCGCUCGGGCAUGCACCCCAUCGACGCCACACUCACACCCCCUGCCCCUGGCCGCACCCUAACUAAGCGCCACCUCGGCGAUCCAGGGGAGCAGUUCCCCGGCGCAUGAUUCGAGUACUCUGUCUGUCCCUUCUGACGGCCUGCGCAGCCACAUACGGCGCCUCCAGAACCAUGAGCGACAGUCGGCCCCCAUCGCCGUCGCCGGGCGACGAGGAGCGGCGGGAUUGCUCCCUUUGCGGCGAGUCCCGCCCACUGAGCGACUUCGUGGCUCUGCAUCAGGGCGCCGCCUGGCCACCUCCAGGGACCGACGGGAGGUGCCGCGUCGAGUACUGCCGUUACUGCGUGGUCCGUCUCGGCAGGAGGCGGAGCCGACAGCCCCAUCGUCACCGGCAUCUGGAGCGGCGCCCGGAGCAGCGAGGCUGUGUAUGGGCGGCCUGUCCGGCAUGCCGCCAGUUGUAUUGCCCGGAGUGCGUCCUGGGCGUGGAUUCGCUGCGUGAGGUGCCGGCUGAUCCGCUUGCCCCCCCGCCGCCUCCCCCCGACCACCGCCAAUGCCCUCUCUGCGACCACCCCUACGGACCUGGGGAGCUGCGACACGUCCCGUGUGAGUGCAAUUCUCUGGCGUGCCCCGGGUGCACCGAACAAGCACGCAACCCGCGGUCGGGCGAACUUGUCUGCCCCUACAGCCAGGCCCCCGAGCACUUCUACUGGCACGAGACCUUCAUGGACCUCAUGCUGCACUACACUACGGCCCCCAGCUGCGCGCCCGCCCGCUGCCCGGCCACAGCGACGGCCUCCUGCCGCUGCUUGCCAACCGGCAGCACGCCCGCCGCCUCGGUAUGGCGGUGUGGCAUGCCGAACGCGGGGAGUGGGCGCACCUGGACGCUUCUGCGAACUUCGACCAGGCCGUCGUGCAGCGCGCCUAUGAGCUGACCGGCCCGAUCUUCCCCACCCUCGACGAGCUCAUCACGCGUGGCACCCUCCUCGUCUCUGGCAGCACCCGGAUCCGGUUCCAGGUGAUCGACGAGCCUGGAUGCGGCGGCAACUGCGCGCUCAACGGUGUCCGCCGCCAGCUGCACGCAUAUCGCCGUCGCCGGGCAGCGGUCGGGCGGCCACAUACGGACCGCCUUCCCGACCCGAUGCCCUCAGCCGUCGCCCUGCGCGGCCGGCUUGUCGACGAUCUGCUCCGGCGCCGCAUCGCGGGCGAAUUCGACGGGGUUCUGCUGUAUCGCGGCAACACCGACGACGCCGUUCACGCCGACGCCUAUAUCGAGGGCAUCCGGAGUGGAGGGGAAGGGCUGAGUGAGGUGGAGAUGCGGUCGGUGGCCAACAUGACAGGCGCCACCAUGGUUCUGUGCGACCGGCGUGCCGUCGAGCCCCAGCAGCAGCCGACGGCCCCCUUCCCCGUCUCUGUGCGGAUGGUCGUCCAUCCGGAGCCGGCCUAUCAGGCUGCAGGCACCCCUACGGUGCAUCUACUCUAUCUUCAUGGCCAUUGGGUUUCUAUGGUUCCCGCCGAGUCCCAGGCGUCGGGCGGGCCGGGGCCUGAGAGCGGGCCGGCUGCCCACGGACGGCGCGACAGGUCAGCGGCCCGUCCUACGUACUCCGUCCUGGGCCUGCUGGGCGAGCUUGGAGAGCCCGAUGCGGCGGGGGCUGCGUCAAGAGGCGACGAGAGGGAGAUCGAUGCAGCAGGCCGGGAGGAAGGUGCUGCGGAUGGAGAGCCCGAUGCGGCGGGGGCUGCGUCAAGAGGCGACGAGGGGGCGAACGAUGCGGCAGGCAGAGAGGGAGGUGCUGCGGAUGCCGCUGGCGGCGAGGCGACGACUGCCGAGCGCCACGAGCCCCGCGAUGAGGAUGCCGCUGUCCUGGACGGCCGCCCUUCAACCCACGACGCCCCGUCUGCGGCGGCAGUCACCACUCGCCUGGAGGAGCUACGCGCCGAGGACGCCCUCGCUGCUCAACUGAGUCACCUGCACACCGACGAGACCCGCCUGGACCCUCCUGCUGUUCCGUCACUCGCCUCGCCUUCCGUCCGACGCAGGGUGACAGUGACGAGCGACCCCCCUCGUGUGGUCGUGGAGGUCCAGCUGGCCGACCACUCCGAGAGCCGAGGGGAGCGGGGCGGCUCGCAGCAAGAAGACCUGCUCCUGGGAUCGAACUCGCAGUCCAUGGACCCUCGUGAUUCUCACUCGGGUGAGCGUCGGGAUACUCCUCCAUCGGACGAGCAUCGGUGUCCAUCUCAACCUCCCGCCCGGCCGCUCCUGCCCCACACCCGAGAGGACGAGGAGGCCCUACAGAGGGAGCUGGCGACGCUAAACGAGGACCGCGCUGUGGCAGAGCGCAUCGACCGGGAGGAGGAGCUGCGCCGUGGCCGCCGUCGCCCCCGCGCUAGACAGCAUGGCCGCUCUCGCCGUCGCCGCCUUGGCUCGGCCGACCGCCUCACGAUCAUUUCCCCGUCGGCCAGCAGCGGUGCGAGCAGCGGCGACGACCCAAUGGACAUCGACUCGCCGCACCCCUCGCCACCGGCGCCAUCACCCCUGGGCGACCGGGCGGCGGGCGAGGGGUCGGCCCAGAGACCGCCGAGGCCCCCCCAGACCUUGGAUGAGUUCAUCGCGGCCGAGGGGCCCAACCCACCUGGGGUUCGCUCGCAUCAAGCCAUCAGGCGGGCUUGGGCGGAUCCUCCCCCCGCCCUGGCCCGGCAGGCCCGCUCGCUGUCGCCUUCUCGAUGCCCCCCUCUGCCCACUGGCCGCCGCCGCAGCGACUCGGAGAUCCGGACGACCGUGUCGGCCGCACGGGGCGCUCUAGCCGGCGGGCGAUCCGCUGCGGGGGGCCUGCGAGGCGGCAGGCGCUCGCGGGCAGCAGGACGGCCGGGCCCCGAUGCGGGAGUCGAUCCGAGGGGCAGUCGCGGCGCGGAUUCCCAUACCGAUAGCGCCGCCGAAGGGCCACGCCGCACCGGCACUCGGAGGUGCCGCGAUCGUGCCCUGCAGCAGCCGCCGCAGGCAGGGGCACGUCGAUCGGGGCGGGAGCGGGGCGACGAGUGAUGUCGGGCCUGCGGGCAGUUUUGCCAUGGCCACUGCGGCGCCACGGCACGUCGCUCCCGCCGGGUGAGAGGAGACGGCCGGUGCCUGAGCUGCAGAGGGUUCUAUCACGGUCGAUGCGGCGCUGAGGAGCGUCAACGCCGAGAGGCCGAGGAGCUGAGGCGUCGUG